GACCACCUCCACCCCGCUACGGAUACGCGACAUCCCGGCCGCGGCUGCUGCGUCGGAAGGCGGCGGCACUCGCGCCACGCAUGUGGGGCGAAACUAUUAAAAGGGCGGGCGGGGUUCCGUGAGGUGGGGAGAAAGGGCGGGUGGGGAGGGACCGGAUCCGGUGGCGCUUGCGAGAAGGGUGGGGGGAGGGAGUUAAUGGCGGCAAUCGCGCGGAGUUUCCCUUCACCUUCUCCUUCUCCUUCGCCCAGUGAAGGCUGGAGGGGGACCUCGCGGGCGGCGGUGGAUGACGAUGAGCGCCGAGGGGUUGUGGUCAGGUCGUGGAACCUGAAGGCGAUCUGGCUACACGGCGCGGCGGGCGAGGGCGGAGCAGUAGAUCAGACGGAUGAAAGAACAGCGGUGGAGACGAAUGUUCAGUCUGGGCAUUAUUGGUGUGGUGUGUGGACACAUGUGAUGAUAUGUGAUGGCGAUAGUAGGUGCGCUAAUCCGUGGUUGUUUACUGGAGUAGGCAGUGUGUUUUAUUGUUAGAAAUAAUCUGCACAUCGGUUGCUCUUGUUGGAUAAGCAAGCGCGUAGAUGUUGAUGUGAUGUACAAGUUGGACUUUUUUGCGAGUGUCCCUUUCCAGUGAGGUUAGAGGUGAUAUAUCAGCGUAUUGAGAAUUGAGAUGUACUAAUCGAUUUAAUCUCGGUAUUCACUAUUCCGCGGUCUGUGUUUAAGGUCA